UUUAUUUCAUUUUUUUUCAGUGAAAACAACACUGAUAAACAAACCAACCAAGCCAUAGCUGAAAUUCCACUUCAGUGUUGAACUGAGAGCAUUUCCACGGAGAAAUCCGUUAAGAGGAGUACAAAAUUCGCGAAACUAGAUUUUUGGAUCGCUAAUCCCAGCGGAAAAAGAAUGAGAAUGACAACGCACUGAAAUAAAAUAAAAAGAACUCAGAGCGAGACCAGAGAACCAUGGCAGCAAACCCCACCAUUCCUCCAGCAGGGGGCAUAAGGAUCAAAUUCAAGAGAAAACGAGAAACAUCAUCCAUUCAUUCCAGGGAUGUCGAAAACAGCUUCAGAGGGGAUGAGCAGGAAAACAGAGAGCUUCCCGGCCCCCCGGCACCCCCUGCCCUUAGAAGACAGGCAAGGGAAGAUUCUCCUAUACCGCUCUCGGAAACUGGUGAGCCCAUGGAGGUUUACCCAGGUAGAGGCGUUCAGAUUUCUGGUUUUCCGGUCACUAUUAAGCAGAAGCCGGGACGUCCUCAUGCGUCAAUUCGUGCCCUAGUUGCGGCGGACCGAGCAAUUUAUACGGCCGAGUUGUUAGAUGAGCGGGUUAAAUCUUCUGUGCCGAUUUUGGAAAAUAUAUCCCAUGGUCAAAUACAGACCUUAUCUACGAUACCCGAAGGAGACCUGGAGGUUGCCGCUUCGAGUUCUUACGGCUCCUCGGGGGGCAUGAUUGAAGUCAAGGGUGUGUUAAAGCGGUUUAAGGCAUCGGGGCAGAACGUGGAGCAAUUGCUUGUCUUUCCAAUGCACGCAGACUGGUUUUCCCUCAAGCAUGUGCACAGAAUGGAGCGACAAGUUGUUCCAGAGUAUUUCUCUGGGAAGUUUGUUGAUCGCACGCCAAAAGUAUACAUGGAAAUCAGAAACACUAUCGUCAGAGAGUAUAUGGAAAAUCCUGAAAAGGCUCUAUCAUUGACUGAUUGUCAAGGAUUGUGUAAUAUAGACGCAAAGGAUUUGACUAGAAUUUUUGAGUUUUUGGAUCACUGGGGAAUUAUAAAUUACUGUGCAACAAAUGAUCUGAGGAAUCAUGGACUUUCAUGGGCAGGGACCAAAGAGACUCUUCAGGAAAAUACAAACGGAGAAAUACAAGUUAUGCCUGGUUCAUUAAGGAGCAACACGAGUUUGAUUCGUUUUGAAAUGCCUCGUACAAAGUUCAGACUAGAUAAUGGUCCUUUAUCACCGGGAUGCUCUAAUGGAGCCAUUUCUGAUUUGGAUCGUCGAAUUCAAGAGCGUCUGUUAGAACAGCGUUGUUCUUCAUGCUCAAGAUACUGUACUGACCUCUUCUAUCAGUCUCAGAAAGAGACCGAUGUAAUAUUAUGUUCAGAUUGUUUCAAUGAUGGGAAACCAGCUAUUGGAAUGGCAACAGUAGAUUUUGUUCGGACAGAUGCUUCAAGGGAUGCUGGGGAUGCUGAUGGAAACAAUUGGACUGAUGAGGAGACAUUGCUGCUUCUUGAAGCUUUGGAAAUUUAUAAUGAUAACUGGAAUGAAAUUGCAGAGCAUGUGGGGACAAAAUCAAAAGCUCAAUGCAUACUACAUUUCAUUCGCCUUCCUAUGGAGGAGGGAUUGCUAGACAAUAUUGAUGUCCCUGACAUGAGCAUGAAGCCCAAUGCUUCAGAUGAGGUUCAUGAAACUGCAAAAGCAUUUUCUUUAGAUGUGAAAUGCAAUGGAAAUUCUGGAGGUUUGAGCCCUGCAGAAUUCGAGGCUGAGAAUAGAAUGGUAUUCCAAAAUUCUGGUAAUCCAGUCAUGUCCCUGGUUGCCUUCCUAGCUUCUGCAGUUGGACCACGUGUCGCUGGAGCUUGUGCACGUGCGGCUUUAGUUUCUUUAUCCAAAGAUGAUAACAAUACAGAAACUAUUGAUGAUAACACCUCAAGUAAAGAAGGUUAUGCUCUCAGUGACAGGUUGACUUCAGAGAACACAUUGAGGGAAGACGGAAAACAGGAGUUGGCAUUAAGCACUUUGCCUCAUAAAGACAAGGAAUUGGAUGAAUCACAGACCAAGGUUCAUGCAUCCAGUGGCCCAUCGGUUUUACCACCUGAAAAGGUCAAAUUGGCUGCCAUGGCAGGUCUAUCUGCUGCAGCAGUGAAGGCGAAACUGUUUGCUGAUCAUGAGGAGAGGGAUAUCCAACGCCUUGCAGCAAACAUAGUUAGUCACCAGUUAAAGAGAGUUGAGAUCAAAUUGAAACAGUUUGCAGAGAUCGAGACUAUGUUGUUGAAGGAGUGCGAGCAGGUGGAAAGGGCAAGGCAGAGAUUUUCAGCAGACCGUUUGCGUUUUAUGUCAAGUCAUUUUGGUUCUGGUGGGUCAUCUGCUGUGGCUGCAGGGGCUGUAUCAGUAGUACCUGCAAUGAACAACAGACCUGCAAUUCCACCAACCUUACCAUCAGCUUCACAUUCUGGUUUUGGACCCACAACUCAUCCAGCUAUGCCCUUUAUGACCAGACCAUCCAUGUUCCCAUUUGGACCAGGUGGUGUUGGAUCAUCUGUACCCUUGUCAGCAAUGCAGUCUUUCUCAGGUGGAUCCCCUGGAUCUAUUAUGAUGGGUUCCAGUGCUUCAAAUUCCAAUGUUGCUCAUAAUAUGCUGAGACCUGUUACUGGAACUAACACAACUGCAAAUUAACAAUAAAUUUUUGGUUUGCAUUUCUGUGCAUCAUAGAUAUAUCAUUUGGGUGGGUCGUAUAUUAUUCUCAUGUUCAAGAAUGCUCCACAGGCAAGUCCAUUAAUCUUUUGGAUCAUUCUUCAGUCCAUCUCUGAACACAUGCCCCUUUGAGACAGCAGCUCUGACAUACAAGAAAGAAGAAGAUUGUAACUUCUUAUUCAUCUUGUUUUCAGAUUCUCUGCUUCCCUUUCUCAGUUUCAGAUGUUGUGACACCCCACCAGCAAGGCUAAUUGUCCUGCUUUGUAAUUUAUAUUUAUUUUGAGCUUAAAGAAGUAUGCGGCUGGAUCCUCAUUUCUUAUGUAUCUUUAACAUUUGCAAAGUGAUCAUUCAAUGGAGGCAAGGUAGAUAGCCCUAGCAUAUUCAUCUUAA